AUGGAAAACAAAGAAGAACAUCUCCAUCUUGAAGUCACAAUUUAAGAAUUUUCAUCUGAUUCUACUUCUACCCAAUUAUUGGCUUUUCAGAUAAAAACAAGUAUUUAGUUUCUAAUACUUUAGAUCAUGAAACAAUUAAAACAAACUCUUAUGAAAUAUGCAAUGGUUAGAAUCUAAUCAAUGAAUCCCAUUAAAUUUCUUUAGAAAAUAGAUCUAUUGAUUCUAACUAUAAUAAAUUGGAACUUGUACUUCUAUUAGACAAUGAGGUUGCAGGAAGAGUAUAUUGUAAUUUAACCAGAUUGAUUAAUUCUAAAUUUGAGCUUUAAUAUUAUAAUGAUCAAUAAAUUGAGAUUGAGGAAGAGGUGUUCUUAAAUAACAUUCAAAUGUUAAACCUAAAAGUAAAAUUAAGAUUAAAAGUAUUAAAUCAAAAUGAAGAGUUUUCAUAAAGAACAACUAUUAAUACAGCAUCUUCUGAAAAUUAAUAUGAAUAAAAUAUAGUUUUAUCUUAGAUGAGAGAAGAAAUUGAACAUUGGAAAUCUAAAUAUACUAAUCUUGCUAAAGAAUUGGAUUCAUUAGGUGAUGAACUAUUAUCUUUAUCUAUUAAAGAAAAAGGAAAUCUAUAUUCAUACUUAACUACAGAGAUCAAUAUAUUUAGAAAAAUAAUGAAAUCAAAAUUGCAGCAUUUCUUAUAAAUACAUGAUAAUUAAGUGGAUUAAAUAUAUUUAUAUAAAAAAGAAUUAAAUUCUUACAGAACUAAAUUAUGCUGUAAAGUAACAAUAUUCAUUAAUAUCAUAUAGUGUUCAGAACCUUUUUUGAAAAAUAGUUCUUAAAGUCUUUCUGAAAAAAUUCAAUACUUAACUUCAAUUAUUGACAAGUAUAUUUUUUAUUUAUUUAAUAGAAAAUAAACAGAAUAUAUGUAAUUAAUGAAAUCUUUAGAGGUAGAAAAAUAAUAAUAGAAAUCCUUAUAAAAUACUAUUAAAAUCUUAAAUCAAUAAUAAUUUCAAUUAAGAUAAGCCUUAGCAAAAUCAAAGAAAUAAAUUGAAGAUAUUACCAAACUUUAAUCUUAAUAAGAAUUAGAAAAUUAAUAAUUACAUAAAGAUAUCAUGUCUAAAACUCAAAUCCUAAUUUAAUUAAAUAAAAGAUGUUUAGAAUUAGAGAAAUAAAAUUCAAAAAUGAAUUCUGAUUACACAGAAAUCAUAAAUUUAUAAAAAGAAUGGAGUCUAUCAAUACACAAAUCAUUUGAAAAAGAGUCUUCUGAAAAAUAAUAAUUAAUAGAUGCCUUAAGUGAAUUGAAUAACUUAGUAAAAUCUCUUACUUCAAAAGAGAACUCAAGUUCAGAUUCAAAAUAAGUUAAGGAAUGUUAAUGCAAAAUAGAACAAUAUAUUAAUGAUUAUCAUUUAUAAGUUACUUAAUUAGAGCAAUUACUAAAUCAAUAUAGUAUCAAAUUCUUAAAUUAAAAUACAACUUCUAAUUCAAUAAAAACAGAUGAAUCAAAUAAAUUUACUUUAUAAUUACCUUUGGAAAAUGUAAAUGAACAAGGGAUCAGAGAUUCAGAAAUGUCAAAAUAUUUGAAUUAUUAAAUGGAAUAAUAUGUUUAAAAUCUGAUCCAAUAAAAAGAUGAUGAGAUAACUAAAUUAAAGCAUAAAAUAGGCGAUAUGCUCAACCUUGCUUUAGAAUUAGGCAAUUCAGUGUUAAUCGAGUAAAUGUAACUCACAGUAAUGUGA